GAUCGUUGUGCCUACGUUAAUUCUAUUUUUUUUUUGAUUAUGUAAUUAAAUAGUCAUAGACAAACUAUAUAGAUACGAAUUGUUCGAUGUGUUGUUUCCGUGUCAGCGGUCGGGAAAUCGCUUGAAAUCACUAACGAAAUAAUAGUAAUUACAGUAAUUCAUUAGUUGCAAUUAAAAUCCAAAUUCCAGAGUAACUUCCAUAAUGUAAUACUCGCGGAUGGCUGUAUAAAGCUUUUGUGGACACCGACUAUGAGUGCUCACCAUCCAGAUUUCGGGAAAUGAAAAUGAGCGAAAAUUAUGAGUUUGUUUCGAAGAAAAAUCAAAUUGGUAAUCGUUUCGAUUUUCAUUAUUAUCGAGACGCUAAAUUCAUAUGCAGAUAGUAAUGGUGCAAUAGAAAACUGUAACAACACACAUUCAGACUGUUUAAAAUGUGAUACUGACGGACUCUGCAAAAAAUGUAGGAAAGUAUUGAUUGUGACUACAGGUCAGUGUGCUGAAAGUUGUCCAUUGGGGUAUGAAUACUCAUGGUCAACAAAUUAUCAUCAAAUGGGCCGUGUGUGCUCAUUAACUGAUAAGACUAUAUUUGGAAAUAUAAAAUUGUCUGGUCAAAUUGCUGCAAUAACUGUUGGUGUUAUCAUAGGAUUUCUAAUAGUCUCAACUAUUUUAUUGGUUGUAGGAAUGGUAGUCAAAUUUAAAAAAUGUUCAAAUAUUAGGUCUAAAUCUCGCAUGUCACCUAGCUUGGGACCCUUAACCAGCGGUUCUCAUCGAAGUCAAGAAAGUGACGACAGUGACAGAUUGGAGUUUUUCAAACAGUUGGAAAAGUUACGACCUGAUGCACCGGUUUUCUUAUCAAUGUUAAAUGAAACAAGAAAACAAGUCCGGGAACUUCGGGGACCUAGCCGCCAACAUUCUGCAAUUCAAGCAUAUCGACCAGUUUUAAAAGAUUUAUCCAAAAUUUUAAUACUAUUAAACAAAGAAGAUUGUUUUUUAAAUCCUCCUUCUGACUGGGAAAUUUUAUUGGCUUGGGGUGAUAGAGUCUUGCGAAGAUACAAAAAGCAACACCCUAUAAUGAUUACUCAAACAAGUUCAAAUGAGCAUUUUAGUGAUAGACCGAUUCAGUUGACUACUUUUACAAAUAGUAAAAAACAUAGACCAUUAUCAGCAUCUUCAUCAUCACCAUCUCGCAUUAAACAACUGGCAAUUUCAGUGUUUGAUGAUAAUUAUAAUGAUCACAACAGACAUCCAGAUGAGAAUGAUGAGGUGAUUAUGCUACGAGAAAAGACUGUAUCAACUUUUGGUCGAUCCACUAGUCCUGCUUCUCUUUCAUUAUUAGAAGCAAAUGCAUCUAAAAGUAUGUUAGUAGCUGAAUGGAAUGCUGAAAUGCCGCCCUAUAAUUGUUACUCAACUGCUACUGAUGAAGAUGAUUUUUUCACUCUUGGCUUCAGACCACAAGAUGAAAUAACAACAGAACUUUAGCAUUUAUUAAUGGUUUGUACAUCACUUUUAUUUACUUAAUUGUAUAACAGUA